UUUAAACUGAGGGAACGAAUUACAAAACUGUGGCCACGGAUUAGCGGGUCUUGUUUUUUUUCUCCGAUCGAGGGGUGAUCAGACGGGCUCCGUAGUAUAUUAACGUGCUUGGGCACAGUAUUUUUACGCGCAUCCAAAUCCUGCACCAGAUGACACGCCUCUUCUCUAGGCUACUUAACCGCAAUCUUCAUUUGACUGAUACAUUGUGUAAUAGGUGGAGUUUAACGAGCUUUGCAUUUAAGUUCAUUUUAUGAAUUUACACCCCUUUGAACGCUAAGAGGAGACUACGAUAACCUGGAAUCCGUUUUUAAACGGACUGACCAUUCACCUUCAGCUGUUCCAGGUCCCCGUUGAUCACAUUUUAACAUGUUCAAACUUUCGGUAGGCUUCGCAUUGGUGACCCUGGUUGCUUGCUUGCAGUGCCCCAGCGAUGAUGUCUGUGAGGCAGGCCAGACAUGCUGCCAGGCUCCCAAUGGAGAUGUCAGCUGCUGCCCCUAUUAUCAUGGAGAGUGUUGUGAAGACCACCUUCAUUGUUGUCCUGAGGGUAUGAUGUGCCAAGUUAUGGAGUCUGUGUGCCAGAAUGCAACACAUUCACUUCCAUGGGUGGAGAGGAUGCAUGUUGAACAGACAAGCCUUCCCAAAUCGUUCAGAAUGAUUCCCUCAUUACCUGCAAGUGAAAGUGAAAUCACUUGUCUGGACGGUUCCUACUGCCCCGCCGAGUUCUCUUGUCUGCUCAUGUCCACAUCAUACGGCUGCUGUCCAGUCGCGCAGGGCAUCGUGUGUUCAGAUGGAAAACACUGCUGUCCAAAAGGCCAUGAAUGCAGUGCAGACAGCAGUUCCUGUGUCAAACACAAAGCAGAUGAGACUGUUCUUUGUGGAGAUGGAAAUUCAGAAUGUCCAGUGGACACCACCUGUUGUGAGAAAGAAGUGGAUGGACAAUGGGCAUGCUGCCCUAUGCCAAAGGCUGUAUGCUGUGACGAUAAAGUUCACUGUUGUCCAGAGGACAGUAUCUGUGAUGUCCAAAGCUCCAAAUGCUUGUCCUCUACCAAUCAGGACCUGCCAAUGUGGGCAAAGUUCCCUGCUCGCCUUAGGGCUGAAUGGGAAGACCACAGGCCAGCUGAAGUUGUUACUCCAGAAAUGAGCACUGAAGCUGAACCCACGACAAAUCAAAUCACUACUGCUCUCAGCCAAGAAGAAUUCUUAGAGAACUUUAACGUUCCCUGUAAUGACACUGCGGCCUGUCCUGAUAAUUCCACAUGCUGUAAGACUAAAGAUGGAGGAUGGGCCUGCUGUCCUCUGCCAGAGGCUGCGUGUUGUGAUGAUUUCGUCCACUGCUGUCCUCACGGUCAGACGUGUGAUGUGGGUGCCGAGACAUGCGAGGGUCCAUCAGGUUCUCUGUCUUGGUUCGAGAAGUUCCCUGUGCAACCAAUCAGCACUCAGAAUUCAGCUGACAUGCAAAACUUUAAUGUUCCCUGUAAUGACACUGUGGCCUGUCCUGAUAAUUCCACAUGCUGUAAGACUAAAGAUGAAGGAUGGGCCUGCUGUCCUCUGCCAGAGGCUGUUUGUUGUGAUGAUUUCAUCCACUGCUGUCCUCACGGUCAGACGUGUGAUGUGGCUGCCGGGAAGUGUGAGGGCCUGUCAGGUUCUGUGCCUUGGUUUGAGAAGUUUCCUGUGCAACCAAUCAGUACUCAGAAUGUGGCUGACACGAAAAACUUUAAUGUUCCCUGUAAUGACACUGCGGCCUGUCCUGAUAAUUCCACAUGCUGUAAGACUAAAGAUGAAGGAUGGGCCUGCUGUCCUCUGCCAGAGGCUGUGUGUUGUGAUGAUUUCGUCCACUGCUGUCCUCACGGUCAGACGUGUGAUGUGGCUGCUGCGACAUGUGAGGGCCCAUCAGGUUAUAUUUCUUGGUUUGAGAAGUUCCCAGUGCAGCCAAUCAGCACUCAAAAUUUGACACAAGAUGUGAGCUGUGACUCAAGUCACAUUUGUCCUGAAUCCAACACUUGCUGUAAGAACAUUGAUGGAGAUUGGAACUGCUGUCCUAUGCCUGAGGCUGUAUGUUGUGUGGAUCAUUUCCAUUGCUGCCCAAAAGGCACCACUUGCAACCUCAUAACACUCAACUGUGAUAGUGGCAGCACUUCAGUGCCAAUGACCCUCAUUAUUCCAGCCUUGGUUCAAAAGUAUCACAGACAGACACAGCAAGGGGAAGUAAAGGAGGAUAUGGGAGAAGUGACUAAGUACAAUAGCAGGAUUCCGUGUGAUGAACAUACCUCCUGCCCAGAUCAUACAACUUGCUGUUUUAUUACGAAAACAAACAAAUGGGGCUGCUGCCCACUUCCUAAUGCUGUAUGCUGCAGUGAUGGAGAACACUGUUGUCCGACUGGCUAUAAGUGUGAUGUGAGCACAGUGUCCUGCAUCCAGAAUGACGUGGUGAUUCCAUGGUACAAUAAAAUCACUGCCCAAAGCACUCCAGCUCCAAGUGCAGGCUCUGUUUCAUGCGAUGAAAAGUUUAGUUGUUCAACGGGAUCUACCUGUUGCCGUCUGUUCACAGGAGAAUGGGGCUGCUGCCCUAUUCCUGAGGCUGUUUGCUGCGCAGAUCAUGAGCACUGCUGUCCCAAAGGUUACACAUGUGAUUUGGGUGGGAGCUCCUGCGUAAAGAACCUCUGGGUGCAGGUGGACAGAGUCCCACUAACCCAGAUUGGAGACAAAAAGACACAACAAAUUAACUCAGUGAAGGACAUUCAGUGUGGAGGUGGAUAUAGUUGCCUUGAGGGUGAGACCUGUUGUCCGACCUCUGAGACCAGCUGGGGAUGUUGUCCAUCUGCAAAGGCGGCGUGCUGUGAUGAUAUGAAACACUGCUGUCCUGCCGGAUACAAAUGCGGCGAUGAUGGAACUUGUAUUAAAGCUUCAGGCCUCAAAUGGAGCAGCUGGAGUGUGUUUUUCCAGAAAAAGAAAUUCGAUAUGUCUGUAUGAAAACACAUGCUCUUGUCUCAUUGUCCUUAUAGUGUGGGAUUGUUUUCAAUUUUACAAUUAUCAAAGUGCUAAUCAGAGCUAAUCAAAAUAUGAGUUUAUUGCAAAGGGUGAAGCAGUUCAGUUUAUUUGCACUCGAAAUUGAAUUUAGUAAUUAAUAGUGUCAUUAUUGUGAAGUGUGUACAUUGUGAUCAGAAUUUUACACAUUCUCCAGUAUUUUGAAAUAGCUGAAUAAAAGUGAAAUAGGGAAUUUGGUGUAAAGACGUUUAGAUAAGCAACGUAUGCCCUCUAGUGGCUGCAUUGACUUUUAUGUCAGUAAAAAAGCAGGUACACAAAUGUUACGUACUGUAGAUUACAUUUGGAUUUAUGCUGCCUUCGCGUGCUCUCGGAAAUUCGAUAAUUCCCACUUCAACCCGGAAAUAAUUUAUGGAACGGUGCUCUUUUAAUGAAAAGCAACAAACCUUUUACAACUGAUUUCUGUAAAUUCUCCUUUUUUGAUCUAACGUUAGAGCUUUUAUCCAUUACAAUGUUUGAGCUGUGUAACACAGAUCACUAAGAAAACAUUUCCUCAGUAGGGAUGUAAAGACGUUGUGAAAGAUAAAUAAAGGACAAUUGCCUGUC